AUGGGCGGUAUAGGAAAAUCAACUCUUGCCCAACUAGCCUACGAUGAUCCUGAGGUGCAAGCCCAUUUUCAAAUUGCUAGAGCAAUUUGUCAAGAGCUUGACUCUGAAUCCCCUCAUAAUAUUACCGAAUUUCAAUCUCUAUUGGGUAAAAUUUGUGAUUUGAUUAGGCGAAAGAAGUUCCUUCUUGUUUUAGAUAUUGUAUGGACUGAAGACUCCUCAAUGUGGGAGCCAUUCAAAUUUGCACUCGAAUAUGGUGCCAAAGUAAGUAAAAUUCUAGUCACUACACGUAAAUAUAGAGUUGCAGAGAUGAUGGGGAGUGUCCACAUCAUCAAUUUGGGAGUACUUUCUAAUGAGGACUGUUGGUUGAUGAUCAACAAAAUAGUGUUUUCUGAUGAUGAUCAAUAUAAAGAUUUAGAAGACCUUGGCAAACAACUAGCAAAUAAGUGUAAAGGUUUGCCACUUGCAACAAAGACUCUAGGUGGUCUCAUGCGCAACAAGAGGAGUAGAGAACAAUGGAAGAAUAUGUUGGAUAGUAGUUUGUGGGAACUAGAAGAUUUUGAAAAAGGACUUUUGGCACCCAUAUUAUUAAGUUAUUAUGAAUUGCCCUUAGCAUUGAAACAUUUUUUCAUAUAG